AGGUGUAGGUACAGUAAUGACGGAGCCAGACUUGAGCUUCAUCAAAUCGGACAUUGAUCUGUCUGAGGUUGCACCUCUCAAUCGGCGUCGAGUUGUGGCCUUUGUAAACUGCUACCUCUUGCGAAUGACCGACCAUCUUAAUGCUUUCGCUAGUGAAGCAGAACGUAUGAUACUGGAGACCGAGCGGCAACUACAUGCCGUAGAUAUAAAGCUACAGUUGCUUGAGGCGAAGCUGGCAGCAAUACCUGACCCUGGGGCAAAAUCUGGAAAUGAUCUCACAAAGGGCUCAAUUCUGGAAGCUAAGAAUGUCAUUUCUUCCGAUUCAUCAGCAAAGCCACUAGCACCUUCAAUCAAUCAAGAAGUUGUUGGCCCUUCUCAGGAAAAAGAAUCAUCUUCAGUUCCUGAUAUUGGAAGUGGUGAUCCACAGCAGCCCGCAUCUUCGGAGCAAGAAACUUCAAAUACUCAGCAAGUGCUUCUAGUCAAAGAUGACCCGGUCUAUGCUAAAUACUUCAGAAUGUUGAAAUUGGGAGUACUGGAAGCUGCAGUGAAGCAAAAGAUGCAGUCAGAAGGUUUUGAUCCAGCUCUUCUUGACACACCAAAUGCUCCAUCGCCGAGCGUAAAUGCACAAGAAGAACCCUCGGAAGCAGCAAUUCCUGCGAAAGCGACCGCAGUUGAAAGUGAUGGCAGCGAUUUUUCCUCUGUCUCGUCCUUUAGUGAUUCUGACUGA